GCCGGUGUGCCCGUGUUACAGUGCAGCGGCCGCAGCCCGUUGUGGCCAAGGAGGAGGACAACUACCUGAUCCCCGAGUGGAGCAUCGCCGUCAUCGUCAUCGGCCUCACCGCGCUGCUCUUCAUGCUCAUCUUCGGCAUCGUGCUGAUGUGGAACCGUCGAAAGCGGCGUGCCCGGGCACCUCGCACCACCGUGCCUCUGACGGCUGACAUGCUCAAUGAGCUCGACAAGAGUCACAUGGCCGGCGUCGACAACUACGGGGUGGAGGACGUCUACGAUCCGGAUGACGCGUGGAACAACGAGAAAGUUACCUACGACCGGCGGCUGCGCUCGGCCAGCCGCGCCCGGAAUGACGACACCAAGAACUACAACAUCUACGACAGCUGGCGCAGCGACUACUCGGGCGCGCACGGCUCGGCCGCCGGCUGGAGUCGCAACAAGAUCGAAAACUUCGACGACGAUCCCGAUGAUUUCUGAGUGCCGCCUUUUGGACGCUAAGCGAGCGCGCGUGCGAGUGGGAAAGAGGCGGGAGUGAGAGACAGAGGAGAGGCGAGAGACUGCGUGUGGCGUGCGAACUGCGACAGAGGCGUCUUUCACGGGAGCGAGACAGUCUGGGGCGACGCCGAGCGACGCCACAGACCGAGUGAGUAAGUGAGUCAGGUGCACCUGAACGAGACAUUUAUGACGGCGCUAGAUGGACGAUGGCAUUGGCCGAGCUGCGCGCCGCUGCGGGUCGGGUCAGCCAAGUGACCUGAGAUUGAUCCGCGCAGUUGGGUCAGCCGAGUGACCUGAGAUUGACCCGCGCAGUCGGGUCAGCCGAGUGACCUGAGCCCGACCCGCACAGUCUGGUCAGCCGAGUGACCUCUCACCCUGGCAGAUCGAGGACACUGCCGCAGUCACCGACGGGACAGUGUGCGACCGACCGACGGCGAGUGGGGGCACCCGCCACUGUCGCGCAGCCCACCUGAGUCCGCGAAAUCCCCCCCCCCCCGUAUGCCUUUGACCACGCCGGAUCGUGCCGGAUCGGAUCAGACCCUCCAUUUCCCAGACCGCUCACUGAUCUGUGCGUGACUACAUAGAGAUAAAUAAAUAAAUAUGGUGUAAAGAA